CUUUUGUAAAGCAUGAUUAACUGGCUAUGUGGCCUUUGUCUGGCCGUCCAGUUGGCCACCAGUGGGGCCGGCUAUCUGGAAAGAAACUAUCCGGCUAGUGUCAUUCAAGAUGCACGUUUGACGACGCUAGAACUGCUCGCUAAGUACAGACAUCCGAGUGAAGAGCAUUUUGUGACCACCUCGGAUGGCUAUAUACUGGCACUGCAUCGCAUACCUCGACCGGGCGCUCAACCCGUGUUACUGGUGCACGGAAUUUUGGAUAGCUCGGCAUCGUGGAUACUGAUGGGACCGCGAAAUGGGUUGGCAUAUUAUCUGUACGAUUCUGGCUACGAUGUCUGGCUGGGGAAUUGUCGCGGCAAUACCUAUUCUCGCAACCACACUUCGCUGAACCCCAGUAAAGAUCGUGCUUUUUGGAACUUUUCUUGGCACGAAAUAGGCCUUUAUGAUCUGCCUGCAAUGAUCGAUAAAGUGCUAGAUGCGACCAGUUUUAAGAAAUUAACGUACUAUGGUCAUUCCCAGGGUACGACUGUCUUCUUUGUGAUGGCCUCCAGUCUUCCAGCGUACAAUGACAAAGUGAUUCUUAUAAACGCCCUGGCGCCCGUGGCUUUCCUGAAUCACAUCAAGACGAAAUUAGUAAAGGUAGUGCGGGCCAUGAUGGCCCUACUCUUCGGCAAGGAUAAGCCAAUGGAGCUGUUGCCACGAUCGAAACUAAUGCUCAAAAUGUGUUUCAUAUCGAAAACAGUGCUAAAUCUUUGUAUGAAUUACGUCAGCCGUGCAGUGGGUGGCGAUAUGAAAAAAAUAAACAAGACCAUGAUUCCUGUAAUCCUUGGCCAUUUGCCCGCCGGCAGCAGCAUACGCCAAGUCCAGCACUAUUUGCAGCUCAUUAAGUCCGGUAGAUUCUGUUCCUUUGAAUACUCGCCAAAAAAAUCGAUGCUGAAAUACGGUAGCCUAAGCCCAAUAGACUACAAUAUAGAAAACAUCACAGUGCCUGUUGCUUUGUACGUGGCUGAAAACGACUAUCUAACGGUGCCAGAGGAUAUUCAACGAUUGGCAAGACAGCUGUCCAAUGUGGUCGCUCAUCAAAUAUUUAAUAAUUGGAAUCACGCGGACAUCAUUUGGGCCACGAAUGCGCGGCGACGACUGCAGCCGAAAAUGGUGGAGAUUUCCAAGAGAUUGGAAUAUUUCCAAAAGCCCUGGCUAACUACACCAGAACCGCAGAAGGGUUCGAAGGACUCAGAGGAGGACUAUGAAGAAUAACAAAAAUUACAAAAUUAGGUUUCGAAUUUUCACCUUAAAAAAAUUGAAGAUGAAUCGAAAACUUGAGACGAGUCGUUGAGAUAAGAAUUUCUAUUUAAAUGUAAAUCAAAUUAAUUAUUAACAAGAGAGAACGCUACAGUCGAGCAAGCCCGACAGUGUAAUACCCUGUACCCAGGUAAACUUCCGUCACUGAGUUAUAU